AUGAAGAUGACAUUGCUUGCAUUGAUCCUUCUUGUUGCCUUGAGCACAAAGCCACUACUUGGUGCAGCUGGUGCUGCACCUGAACACGUGGUAGACACAUCAGGGAAGAAGCUAAGAGUUGGUGCAGCUGGUGCUGCACUUGAACAAGUGGUAGACACAUCAGGGAAGAAGCUAAGAGUUGGUGCAAAUUACUACAUUGUUCCAGCUUCUCCUAACUUUGGAGGUCUUUCCCUCACAAACACAGGUAAAGAUUGUCCACUUGAUGUUGUUGCUGUGGAUGGUUACCAAGGCCUUCCUUUAACUUUUUCACCUGUUAACCCUAAGAAAGGUGCUGUUCGUAUUUCCACUGAUCUUAACAUAUAUUUCUCUACGGAAACAAGUUGUCCUCAGUCCACAGUGUGUAAGCUUGAUGACUAUGAUUAUUCAACUGGACAAUGGUUUGUAACCACUGGUGGUGUUUUGGGCAACCCGGGUUGGCAAACCAUUAACAAUUGGUUCAAGAUUGAUAAGUAUGAGGAUAGUUAUAAGCUGGUUUAUUGUCCAAGUGUGUGCAAAGAUUGCAGUUAUCAAUGCAGUGAUAUUGGAAUAUAUCAAGAUCAGUAUGGCAAGCGUCUUGCUCUGAGUUAUGCUCCAUUUAAAGUUCAGUUCCAGCAGGCAUAA